AAAAACCAACGACCCCGGCCAUUCACUAUAUAUAAACAGCAUCGAGAGGUUAGAAGAUCUUACAUUAUACAUUCUAACAUUGGUAAGAGAUGUCAAACCAAAGAAAACCAAUCCUUCCUCUAUUACUUGAAAAGAAACCAGUUGAGCUUGUUAAACCCGCAAAACACAUUACUUGUGAAACUCUCUCCCUUUCUACUUUAGACAACGAUCUUUUCAAUGAAGUUAUGUACGCAACGAUCUACGUUUUCAAAGCAAACCAAAAGAACCUAAAUGAUCCUGUCUCUUUGCUUAGGAAGGCUUUGUCCGAACUUCUUGUUCAUUACUAUCCCCUUUCAGGCAAGCUGAUGAGAGAUGAGAGUAAUGGAAAGCUUCAGUUGGUUUAUCUCGGUGAGGGAGUUCCAUUUCAAGUCGCUACAUCAACUCUAGACCUCUCCUCUCUAAACUAUAUAGAAAACCUCGAUGACCAAGUUGCUUUGCGGCUUGUGCCUGAUAUCGAAAUCGACUACGAAAGCAACGUUUGUUACCACCCUCUAGCUUUGCAGGUUACCAAGUUUGCCUGUGGAGGAUUCACCAUUGGGACCGCAUUGACACACGCUGUGUGUGACGGGUACGGUGUGGCUCAGAUCAUACAUGCCUUGACCGAGUUGGCUGCCGGAAAGACUGAGCCAUCGGUGAAGCCAGUGUGGCUGAGAGAGCGCCUUGUCGGAAAAAUUGACAAUAAACCAGGCAAAGUGCCCGGCAGCCACAUUGAUGGUCUUUUGGCCACCUCACCAUAUUUGCCAACUACUGAUGUCGUCACGGAGAUAAUAAACAUUCCCGCUGGAGAUAUUAAAAGGCUUAAAGACUCUUUGAUGAGGGAAUGUGAGUACCUUAAAGAGAGUUUCACUACUUAUGAAGUACUUAGUUCUUACGUAUGGAAAUUAAGAUCUCGAGCUCUAAAAUUAAACCCUGACGGGAUCACUGUCCUUGGCGUGGCUGUUGGAAUCCGACAUGUUUUGGACCCACCACUUCCUAAAGGAUACUACGGUAACGCGUACAUAGACGUCUACGUGGAGCUAACCGUGAGAGAACUCGAAGAAUCAUCAAUCUUUAACAUCGCGAGUCGUGUGAAGAAAGCGAAGAAAACAGCCUAUGAAAAGGGGUAUAUCGAAGAAGAGCUAACGAACACGGAGAGAUUGAUGAGGGAUGAUGUGAUGUUUGAAGGGAUAAGCGAUGGAUUAUUUUUCUUGACGGAUUGGAGGAAUAUUGGCUGGUUCGGAUCGAUGGACUUCGGUUGGAAUGAGCCCGUGAAUUUACGACCAUUGACCCAACGGGAGAGCACAGUGCACGUAGGGAUGGUCUUGAAACCUUCAAAAUUGGAUCCAUCAAUGGAAGGUGGAGUUAAAGUGAUCAUGAAGUUGCCAAGAGACGCAAUGGUUGAAUUCAAGCGAGAGAUGGCUGCUAUGAACAAACUUUAUUUUGGUGAUACCAACUAAAUUAAUUAGUUGGUACCGGAGUGAAUUUCUGUGUUUGUUAAUGAAUGCUUUUAAAUUAAUGUCAGUGAAUAAUGGAUGAAUAUAUGUAAUGUUCAAUAUCAUAAUGUAAUACUUGAUCUGUUCAUGUCAUGAAUAAUGAAUAAUGAAGUUCGGUAUUUCCA